AUGAUAGCGCACGGUAUUCGCGCGAACCUGGUGAACGCCGCGAACUCCGCGAACCCGCGCACCCGCGAACCCGCGAACCCGGCGAACCCGCAAACCCGCGGACCUGCGAGCCCGCGAACCCGCGAACCCGUGAACCCGCGAACGCGGCAAACGCCGCAAACGCCGCGAACGCCGCGAAUUCGCGAACCCGUGAACUCGCGAACCCGCGAACGCCGCGAACCCGUGAACCCGCGAACACCGCGAACCCGCGGACCCGCGAACUCGCGAACCCGCGAACCCGCGAACCCGCGAACCCGCGAACACGCGAACCUGCGAACCCGCGAAUCCCCGGACCCGCGAACACGCGAACCCGCGAACACGCGAACCCGGGAACCCGGGAACCCGCGAAGUCGCGAACGCCACGAACCCGCAAACCCGCGAACCCACGAACCCGCGGACCCGCGAACCUGUGAACCCGCGAACCCGGAUUCGCCAAGCCGCGAACCCGCGGACCCCGCGAACUCGGCGAACACGGAGCUGCUGCCCCAUCCUUUCCGAGAAGGCCGCCGGGUCUCGAACCGCAAGACGAUCCAGGUGUUGCUGCUCCGGAAGGUUCGAGCCGACCUACCAGACGUCAUCCUCAAGCUCAUUGCCUGGGAUGCCGUCGACAAGGCAAGCGAGGUCGACUUCAACACCGCUUCCCUCCGGACUUUAGCGGAGGCCUGGGCGAAGCAAGAGAGAACGCAGAGAGACGGCGUUCUCCGCAAGUUCCUCGUUCACCGCGGUCAUGCCGCUGAACCCACCAAGGAGCCCGUCUGGUUGGACUUCAGCCGCAUUCUUGAUCAAGGCAAUAGUGACCUCGAGCUGGUCAAAGUCACGACCCUUCCUUCGAAGACUUUCGAUGGCCCCGCCUCCUCGAUGGAUGCAAAACUGGCGAGCUCUGAUGACGGCGGUUCGGGCGGCCGAGAUGGUGCUGAUCCGCUUCCUGCUUCAACGGCCAUCGUCGCAGCGACUGCCGCUGCCACAGCCAUCGGACAAUGCUUCAGCCCGACGGCCGGCUUGGGCAGUCAAGGCGCUCCCCAUUCCGGAAGCCUCAGCGAGUUCGACUACACCGGCGACCACCUGAAGCCAAAGGCCGCACCAAAGAGCGUCAAGACACGCAAGGCCCAAGAUGCAGUGGAGGAGCAAGCCGAGGAGAGCGAGGACUACGACUGGGCCUUGGACUUGGAGCGCGAGGUCCACGCCUACGACGUCCUCCCGGUCCACCGCGACAUCCAUGGUGUCUAUGGCCUCAAUGCCUUGCAACCCUUCGAGCGCAAGCUUGGCUAUGACCUGACAGACCUCGAGACCAUUGCAGUUUUGAAAAAUGCCAUCUACCAGUUCAAACCUUUGUGUGUUCUGGUCGAGUGGCCCUGCGCGCUAUGGACGCUGUUCAACGAGAACCUGAACUACACGCGCCGGAUGUCCGAGUUGGCGACACUUCGAGAGGAAGAACGCCCCUUGGUCAGCCUGGGCGCGUGGGCUUGUGAAGAGCAGUCCCGACUUUUUCUUGGAGAAAAUCCGCUGAGGUCGAGACUGUGGCGUGAAAACUGUGUCCAGAAGCUGCUUGACCUGCCGGCGCAUGGUGCUGAGACGAGCAAGGGCGAGCCGAUCGUGAAACCGCAUCGGUGGAUCACGAACUCCGACUUCCUGGCAGACAACCUGUCCAAGAAGAUGACCGCCGACCAAAAGCAGUACUGCGUGACAGUCGAGGGCCAGGAGACUGAGCGCUCGGGCGAGUACUGCGACGGCCUUGUCGACGCCAUCCUCAACGGCAUCUACCAGGAAGCCAGAAGGAGGAAUCCGGCCCGAUUCACCAAAAAGACCCACGACGUGAUGUUUGCCCGACCUGCUCCUGACGCCGAGGCAUGGAAGUCACUGCUAGAUGACGUGGAGUCACGCUUCACGAACAGCAACAAGAAGCCGUUCACUUUGCCCGACAACGACCCGAUGAUGAAGGCCAUUAAGGAGCUGGUUGCUUGGGAGAUCACUCGGGUACAAGCUGCGUGGCUGCCACUUGCCCGACGACUACCUCAGGAGUUUCCUUACACUCACCGCGGAGCCGCACUGAGGCUUACGUCUGGCGACUUCCAGCUAGACCUCGGAGUACAAGAACAACCUCCACCUCUACCUGGCGAGCAGGUUGAAGCCACACCUUCCCAAAGGCAACUUCGAUUGGCUGGCUUCGAUACCGAAAUCUGGUUCGAGGAUCCGCCGCGGGAAGUUGACCGAAAGCUUCAAUAUUCGCUUGGGCGGCUCCACGUCAACAUGGGCCACGCCCCCAAAGCUGAACUCGUGAGGAUGCUUGCUGCAGCCGGCAACUUGAGCAAGAAGGUCCUCGCAGGCCUCGACUGCCUAAGGUGUGGGGGCUGCAUACGUACCCGCCAACCACGACCUCCGCCUACCUCUUCGACCUCAAGCAACUACUCCGGCUACUUCGGCGAGGUUCUCCAGUCCGAUGUGGUCUACCUUCGGAUGAUUAAUGGCGAGAACGUGCCCGUCCUCGGCAUCACCUGCGAAGCAACCUCGUAUCAUUCUGCUAAGGUCCUGGAGUCAAGACAGCCAGCACAUGUGCUAGCAACUUUGUUGGAAAUAUGGUACCGACCUCUUGGUCUACCUCUGCGCUUCAAGACGGACCCCGGCGGCGAGUUUGGCGGUGAAGUCACGACCUUCCACAUGCGCCACGGCAUUCUCCACGAGACAGUUCCUGCCGAAACCCACUUCCGCGUCGGCAAGAUUGAGCGCCGCAAUGCUUUGAUGAGGAGCCUUGUUGAGCGCGUGGUAGACGAACGUGGCGUGGCCAAGAGAGAGGAGCUGGACCAGUGCCUGGUCGCCGUGCUUCGCACCAUCAACUCGUGCACCUUCUCCCACGAUCGGUCACCAGCACAAGCAGUGUUUGGACGUGUGGCGCGGCCCCUUGGAGACUUGGUGAGCGACCACGCGGUCGCGUUCUGGCGGUGGUCUGGACGGUCGAGGCAGCACAAACGGGGCGCCUGGGCGUUAGCAAGGUUUGUGUCCCGCGAUCCCGACAACAAGUCUGUCUGGCUCCAAGUCAACACCACGACCGUGAAGGUUGCCAACAACCAAAUUCGUGUGGCGUGUGGUUGGGAAGAGUGGACCCCCUCGCACGACGACAUCGCCAUCCUCAAAGACGCUGAGCGGAACCUCCGCGACAACCUCUGGGAGGACCAACGAGAAGAGCCUCCCGCCGCCUUAGAGGAAGCAACGGCAGAGCUUGCAAGCCAACUUCCUCUACGACCAGCACCUCUACCAGUACGGGAACAAGACUACUGGAGGUACGCCGACGACCGUGCCAUUCGCGUGCACGUGAUCCCUCGCUACGAGCUCUACGUUCCCGAGCCCCACGAGUGCGACUUCGACGUCAACGACCUGGCGGAUGCCUCCACGAGCACCAGGAGCAACCAGAGGAAGACCAAUGGCGAGAUCCUCGGUGCGCACGGACAUACGACGACACUUGGACAGGAACGUCAACUUUCUUUUGGAAAAAGAAUCCAGCUGAACUGCCUCGAGCUCUACGUGUACCAACCUAGUCACUGCAGCAACCACAGCGACUACCAGUACAACCACGCGUACCGACACGGUACCUGCUUCGCCAGGGAGAAUGCCAUCAUCGCCGGCGAAACCGCCAACGUGCAGGACCUCAGUCACAACGAGCUGCCGUCAGUCGGCAACAACGACAACGUCAACCUGGAACAACGACUUCCAGUACCUGCGGGUCAACCGCAACCUACCAUGGACGAUCCACGUGCCUCAGCUUCAGACGCACAAGCACCUCCUGAACCACUACCACAACUGCCGCAAAAGAGAACAGCAGACGUCCUGCUCAGCCACGUCCUGUUCCAGAGCGGGGUGUUCGAACUUUGUGUGGACGACUUCGGGGAGGCAAUCCUUCAGAGAGGCGACGAGAUGAUCGAUAUGCCACUGCCCUUUCAUACUGAGCACCAUUACCAGUGCUAUCUCGCGAGCAAGCAGCGCAUUCGAGACCUCCAAGCUGACGGCGUCAACGAAGACUUCACCCGUGAGGAUGGCUCUUCUUCCGAGGAUGAGGUGAAGACGGUGUCCAACAAUCGGAAUCAGACCUCUCUCCCGACCCGAAGCGGAGAAAGCAGCGACCCCAAGCUUUCCAAGCGAGUCCUCAAGUCCCGAGCCGCCUACCGCGACAAGAACAAGGGCCUCGGCGAAGUCAAGGCAAAGUGCAGAGUGGUCUUGAUCGGAUGCAAUGAUCCAGACAUCUUCAGUGUGUCCAGAGAUUCGCCGACCCCUUCGAGACUUUCAGAAGCAAUCGUCCUUGCCAUUGCCACCGCAGGCCGGAACAGAGAGGUGAACGGCGAUGGUGGUCUGUGGAAACUGUGGCUGUCGGAUGCGAAAUCCGCCUUCCUGCAGGGAGAACAGAAUCGUGAAGAACGUGGAGGACCGAUCUUCAUGAGACCACCUCGCGACCCUGUCAUCGAUGAAGUGGGAGCCUACAGUGCCCCCCUCUACGAAGUCCUUGGGCCGUAUCACGAGCUCUUUGACAUCGACCUCUUGGAGGGGAUGUUCACCUGGGGUUCAGUGACUGUCAUCGACGAGGACCACCCCGGAGUCUAUAGAGGCAAGGAGAUCGAACUCGUGCAGGAGAACGGCCGCUUCAAGUACCAAGUCACCCAGACCGCGUUCAUCGACGGCAUGGACUCCGGCCGACUUCCGCGAAGACGCGCGAAGGAAGAUGAAAAGCUAACACCUUCCGAGUGGCAGGAGUUCAGGAGCAUCUCCGGUUCACUUCAGUGGUUGUCUUCCCAGACCAGGCCCGAGCUGGGACCUGUGGUCAGCUUGAGCAACCUACCUCGACCUCAAAAGGCUCUACGAGACCGUCGAGUCGAGUACGUGCGUGCCACAAGGAAGGUUGGGAUCACCUACCAAGACGUGCCCUUCGACCGUUCGAGCACGCUGGUGACCUUCAGUGAUUCCAGCUGGGCGAACAACAGUUCAAGCUUGAAGUCUCAGUUUGGGCUCCUUGUGCUCCUGACACGUCCCCAGGUGACAGAGGUGCCCAUGGUCGGCGCACUGCUCGACUGGCGGUCAGGGCGUUCUUCAAGGGUGUGCAGGAGCACACUGGCUGCGGAGGCAUGCGCCAGUGAUGAAGGCGCAGACCGUGCCGCCAUGGCCAACUACAUGAUCUCGGAGCUCCUCUAUGGCGAGCCUGCUUUUCGAGUUGGGCUUCGCGUUCACAGUCUUCUGGUGACGGAUGCCAAGUCCCUGUACGACUGUGUAGUGGCAGAAAAUCCAAAUCUCUCCGACAAACGGAGCCUGGUGAAUAUCAGGAGCGUCCAAGAGACGGUCUCUCCGCGCCAGAUGCACUGGGUGCCAACGGAGUUGAUGAGGGCGGAUGCUCUCACGAAGCUGGACAGUUCGUUGCUUGUGGAGUUCACGAAGUGGUUGGUCAAGCCGAUCAUCCAGUUGAAGGAGCUUGCUUUGGGCAAAAAGAAAGAUAGUAUCAGUGAGAAAUCUGUUUCUAUGAGCACUGCUUCCCGCUAA